AUGCUCGAUAUCAAAGACAUCAUAAGGACAGCGCUCCAAGAGCACGAUGGAGAGACAGGGCUUGAGCUGGAAGACUUCAUCGGAAGCAUCAGCGCACGCUUGGAUGAUGUAGCAUCAAUACCAGCGUACGACCAUACGUCGAAGCCGCUCUCGCUGGUCUCGUUCAGGUGUAUGCUGCAGGACACGGGGUAUCCCAUGGAGGUGUACCUGCCCGGCGAGCAGCCACAGGAGGGGCAGGAAGUGGACUGGAGCAAGCUAAGAGAGCGCUGGGUCGGCUGGGGCGUAGAGAUCCCAGGCGAGAAUGACUGGGUCAAGAACCCCUCUUCCGACAGUUUGAGCAACGGCCUCGCCUCGCUACACAUGAACGGCUCGACUGCAUCUCAUCCUCCUGCGCUACAGAGCAAGUUCCACCUCUCAUCGCAAUCGGCCAACUACCUCGGCGCUCUCGUCAAGGUAUACGACGACGUCUCCUUCCGGCCCGCCAGCACGCACACCUUUGUCGGACUGCUAUCCACCGCGGCGCUCCCAUCGCCGAUUUCUGCGUCGGGGAACGAAGCGGACGAGGCUGUCAUCGUGCCGACCAUACAUGUCCUGCGUGGACCAUUACCUCCUCCUGUUGAAGAGUCAAUUAGGGAUGUUGAAGCGACCCGAUCGGCUCUGCUGCAAUACCUCGCUAGCGAACUCCCAGUGGACGCACUAUCGGCGGAAUACAUCCUACUCGCUCUGCUCGCAUCCCCCUCAGUCCGUCCACCCGCUUUACAACCCCUUGGUACUCUUUCUCUCAACCUCAUUGGCGCCAUCCCUUCCCUCUCCGCCACUCUCCGGCGCCUGGUGCCCGCCACGGUCGAUCUCCCGCUCACACUCCAAACCCUCCACUCCACUUCCUUCACCCCAUCAUCCACCACCUCUUCCGCGUCCGAUUCGUCAUCCCUCUCAUCCGGCCUGCUACAGCUCGCAGAAGGCACCGUGCUCGUCAUUGACGAAACAGCCAUGGGGGACGGCGGCAAGCUGCUCGAAAAAGCAGUCCGGAACCUCCAGGCAUUGACGGAAACGAUGGCGGAGCAAAAGGUGCGGUACGAGUAUCCCUACAUGGAUGGGUUGAAGAUGGAUGCGUGGAUACGCCCAAUCGUAUUGAGCGAUGGCAAGUCGCUCGUCCCCGUCGAUAUCCACCUCCCUCUCCUUCCUUCCACCUCCACUCCCUCCCCAUCUUCCUCGACUACACCCGACCUCCCAGCCUUUAGAUCCUAUCUCCGGAAAUACGGCUCCCUCGCACACGCACGCAAGCUCGUCAUUCCCGAAUCGACAGCCGCCAAGAUCCAGGAUGACUUUGUGACAUACCGGAGAGCUCAAGGGGUAGGGGGCGACGCGGAAGAGGUGCUCAAGCGGCGGAUGAAGAUUGCGAGGCUGGUGGCUGUUUCAUAUGAGGAUGCGGUGCUGAGUGAGGAGAGGUGGGCGAGGGUGAUUGAGAUGGACGAGGAGGCGGAGAAGAGGAUGAAGGAUAGGAAGAAGUGUGGGGCAGGGAAGUAG